AUGACAAAACUGGACCUCCUGUUUGAGAGGUUCUGGGCCACAAUAGAAGCAAGAAAGCAGUCUAAGCUGCCGAUCAGCUCUCCAUCCUCAUCUCCACAGACCACUCACCCACUCCAAUCCACGUUACCCUCGAAGCACCCUGGAGGCCCCCCUAAUCACAGAGCACUUUUGCCUCCAUGGCAGAGAACAAAAGAACACGGCACUGGCCAUCUAUCUAGCCCUGAUGCUGAACCAGCAACAGAGCUGGGCCUACUCCAAGCCCAACGCUCAGGGACACUCAGUCUCCUACCUUCUCAAAAUGGCGGCUCCAGCACUAGCAUGGAUCUGGGGACAUCAGAGGAAGGCUCGCGAUGCAUGCUCCCACACUACACACACCUACCUGCAAGGUGUCUGAGUGUCCAGCAGUCUCUACUCAAGCUGGGGAUCGGGUGA